CCCAGUUGGGCCUCGGGCCACCCAUUCCUUCCAUUUCCAUUCCCAUUUACCUUUCGUUCGCUUGUUCUGUUUCAUUUUCUUUUCUCCAUCUUUUUCAUUCCACAAUGGACGCUAUGGAUGAGAGCCCUGAUGAGGCUUCCGCCGUCCCUGUCAAUCUGGGUGGCUGUGAUACAGCUGUGUAUAAGCCCCGCGGGUAUCAACUGGAGAUGCUCGAAGUCAGUCAAUGUCAGAAUAUCAUUGUAGCGAUGGACACUGGCAGUGGGAAAACCCAGAUCGCCGUUCUGCGCAUCAUUUCCGAGCUUGAGCGAUGUUCUGCAGACAAGCUGGUGUGGUUUCUGGCACCAACAGUGGCCUUAUGUCUUCAGCAACACGAUGUUAUUGCUUCUCAAAUUCCAUCUGUCAAAACUCGAGUGUUGAUAGGUGCCGACAAUGUAGAUAGGUGGACCGAACAGGCCAUCUGGAAUAAUGCCCUCAAAGACAUUCGCGUUGUCUGUUCGACACACGCCGUUCUGUCCGAUGCGUUGAAUCAUGGGUUCGUGCGCAUGUCACAGUUGGCCCUGCUGGUAUUCGACGAGGCUCAUCAUUGUACACGAGGCCACCCGGCGAACAAAAUCAUGCAGUACCACUACCACCCGGCGCUUUCUAAACUCGGCCCAGAUGCCGUUCCCCGGAUUCUGGGACUCACCGCGAGUCCUAUCGUUCGUUCCAAUCCAAAGGAACUACGGAUGAUUGAAGCAAACUUGAAUGCCGUUUGUAGGACACCACGAAAACAUAGAUCUGAGCUACUUAGGCAUGUCCAUCGCCCGCGGCUAGAGUGUAUCCCUUACCCACCUUACGAGAUUGAACAAGGUGUUGUCGGAAGCAGACUGCUACCAUCUCUUGCGAAAUUUGUCAAAGCAUACGACAUUCAAGAGGACCCUUACUUUGGUAUGAUUAAAGAAAGGCCAGAGAAAGCAGCCGAGGCAGAGAAAAUUCUCAGAACUGGGCAAACGUUUUGCAGUGAGCAGCUGACAAAGUUCCUUGAGCGAGCUUAUCACAUGUAUGCUGAACUUGGUGGUUGGGCGGCCGACUAUUUCAUUCAAGAAUCGAUCGACCAACUUCGACGAUCAAUUGAAAGCAAUGGCUCAUUGACGACCUUGGAUCUGGCAGAGAGAGUCUACCUCCUUGAGCUCCUACUAGACAUGCCGGUGCCUGAGGAUACUACAGACGGCAUCCACAUUUCCCCAAAACUGGAGAUACUGCUUUCCUUCCUUGAGAGAAUGGAUCAUGCCCAGUUUUCAGGGAUAAUAUUCGUCAGACGACGAGCGGUAGUCAGCGUCCUGACUCGACUAUUGUCGCUUCAUCCUGCGACUAAAGACCGAUUCCAUUGUGCAUCUUUCGUUGGAUGGUCGAACAACGCCACCUCGAAAGACUCGUUGGGUGACUUGCUCGCUCGAGAAAUGCAACGCGACACUUUAUCCGAAUUCAAAGCUGGGAGAAAGAACCUGAUUAUUGGCACUGACGUCCUCGAAGAAGGGCUGGAUGUCAGCGCAUGCCGCUUGGUCAUUUGUUACGACAAGCCAGCAAAUCUGAAGUCGUUCAUUCAGCGACGCGGAAGAGCACGACAUGAGGACUCGACCUAUGCUAUUAUGCUGUCGACCAAUGACGACUCGCUUAGCUUAUCGAAAUGGCAAGCUCUAGAACAAACGAUGAUUGCAGCCUAUCAGAAUGAGGAGAGGCAACGGCAAGAGGCGUUGAUGCUCGAGGUUACGCAAGAGGUCUUCGAUGAGUGGCUAUUUGUUUCCUCCACAAGUGCUCGAAUUUCUCCAGGCGAUGCCAUGCAACAUCUCCACCACUUUUGCUCCUUACUACCCCUCGAUCAGUACGUGGACAAUCGUCCCAUGUUCUCCUUUGAAGAGGACUCGACUGGUCUCCUUCGUGGCAUAGUCAGUCUUCCCAAUUCAGUUCACCCGGCGGUUCGUCAAACUCAGGGUAAGCGCUGGUGGCGCACCGAGAACGCAGCUAGAAAGGAGGCGGCGUUUCAGGCCUACAAAGCUCUUUGGGAGUACGGAUUGGUAAAUGAUAACCUUUUACCACUGAACCGAAAACCAGAGCUCAGAUUCACGGAAGAGAUGUCCAUGCCAGCUUUGAUCGAAUGCUCCGUGCAAUAUGAUCCCUACGUUGAUUUGGCUCAAGACUGGGUGAUGCAGGAGCUUCAUGAAACAACCAUCACCGUAACAGACAACAGCACUGGUGCUGUAGAUGAGGACCUGCUGAUGUCGAUCGUACUUCCUAGAAGGGUGCCCGCACCAGAUCCUCUGACAUUCUUUUGGGAGAAUGAAACCAGCAUGACCGUGACUUUUGGAACAAGUCAGCCCAUCAGCCCGAUGCCAACAGCGGAUAUUAUCCAACACAUGAGAAUAAUUACCGCCAUGUUCCUUCAAGCCCCAUCGUCUCGCUUGCAGGGAACUGACAGAGACUAUGUGGUUCCUUUUGUCCCUACCAUACCAGUGCAGCAGCUUGGAGCUUGGAUCCAGCGCUACGAAGGCACCGAAAAAGCCGUAGAUCUCUAUGCGCGCGAUCACGAGAUUUCCCCCAUUGGUAUUAUUCGUGAUACAGCAAAGUACAGCGAGCCGCGGCUCUUUCGUAUGUGGCAUGAGCUAGAAGGCUUGGAGAUUGAAUGUCGAAACUUGCCCAAGCGACGAAAUCUUCUACAGUAUCGAAACCCGUCUCAGCUAGCGGACGAAACGGAGGAAGCUCCUCCCAAGAUUUAUGUCGUCCCAGCCGCAGGCUGUACAGUUGACAAACUUCCAUGGAAGAAGUCUAAGUUUGGUCUCUUCAUAUCCGCGAUUCUUGACCGUUUCGAAGCUGUUAUGGUUGCGCACAGGGUUAACGAGACCAUCCUGAAGGGCGCUUGUAAUCACAAUCUGGGUCAUGUUUUGACGGCGAUUACCACGCCUCUCGCCCAGGCGCCGACCCACUACCAGCUUUAUGAGUUCUUUGGCGAUUCCGUCCUGAAAUUCACGGUGAGCUGUCAUCUGUUCUUUGCGCAGCCAACAUGGCACGAGGGGUAUCUUUCCGAAAGCCGUGAUAAGCUCAUCAAAAACCAACGGCUUGCGCGGGCUGCGCUGGAUACUGGUCUUGAUCAGUUCAUCCUGAAUGACCGGUUUACACCUCGCAAAUGGACACCACCAUUGAUCUCCCGAAAAUCCGCACAGGCAGCUAGCCGGCCGACGCGCAAGCUAUCCAUGAAGGUUCUGGCAGACGUCGUUGAAGCAUUGAUCGGUGCCGCAUACAUGGAUGGCGGUAUGAGAAGGGCACAGGCCUGUCUGCACCGGUUUUUGCCGGAGAUAGAGAUUCCCGAAACUAUUCCAACGAGAGAGCAGGACCCAAAUCUCGUGAACAAGCUUGUGGAUCCAGAGAUCAUCGGCAGACUGAUUGGAUACACCUUCCAAGAUGCCUCACUUCUAACCGAGGCACUGACCCACUCGUCCUGUGAGCAUGAUAUGCAAACUCAAUCAUACCAGCGCAUCGAGUUCCUAGGUGAUGCAGUCCUUGACAUGGCAGUUGUCACCGUGUUGGCAGAGCUAAACCAGCAGUUGCCCGAAGGCAAGAUGACCAUGAUCAAGCAUUCCGUCGUCAACGCCGGACUUUUGGCAUUCCUUUGCAUGGAGAUGACCGUUGACAACACUGGACUAUGGAAAUUUCUGCGCUAUAAUGGACCAGUCAUUGGGGCUGCCCGAGAUGCAUCUGUAGCGCGACACCGGGAACUACGAGAAGAAAUUCUCCACGAACUGCAAUGCGGAUCCAAGUAUCCGUGGGAACUAUUCUCGCGUCUUCGCCCAGACAAAUUCAUGUCAGACAUCGUGGAAAGCACCCUGGGCGCGAUAUUCCUUGAUUCGGGUGCUGAUGUUAGUCUCGGUCAUUGCACGGCCUUCCUUGAGAGGCUGGGAUUACUUCCAUAUCUACGGCGUGUCAUUGCAGAGAACAUCGAUGUCCAACAUCCUCGAAACAAGGCACAGGACGUGCUGGGCAAGACGUGUGGCCAGUUGAUUUUCAAGUCGAGGCGGGUCGAAGCAAAGGGGGUUGCUGCGACGUACCGUUGUACCGCAAGUAUGAAUAAAGACCAAGUUGCGGUCAUCGAGGGAUGUGCUUCUGCUGAUGAGGCUGAGAUUAAGACGGCGUUGUGGGUCAUUGAACAAUUCCAGGCGGGACAAUUAGCAGAGGCAGUUGCUUGAAUCGACAACCUGACCGUCACGAGGAUCCCUACAACGGUGACAUGAUUGAUGAUCCUCAAGAGAACUGACGAGAAGAAAGUCAGACGUAUUGCUUUGAUCUACGAACGAGCGAGUUUUCGAAUCACACUCUUGGUGGACGCAUAUUCCAUCUGGUACGACGGGGGUUUAGUUCUAUUCUUGCGUGCAGAAUGACGAACUCACAGGAAUGACGUUCCUGGAGAUACAUUUAGACAACGAAUUUAAAUGAAGAACUAUGACAAGGAUGGUAUUGCCCGAGAAUGUAGACUUGUUCAAUUGCGCGUAGCCGUACACGGCGUUAGUUUAAUGCAGCGUAGAUGAAACUAUAAUACUAAAAAGAAGAUUUACUGCUUGCCCUUGCCACGCUUUGACCGACGAACCGGCUCUGUCUGGGGUUCCUCUUUCUGAUUCGACUCGUCGUCCUUCGCAUCAUCGAAAUCCUCAUCCCCUUGCUCAUCUUCCUCACUAGUAGCGACCAUCACUCCCUCAUCACUAACAUCUCCACCCUGAACAUCAGGCCCCGUAGUCAAGAGCGAACCCGAUAGAUCCUCAGCGGGAUCAGAAUUCUGUCUCAAGGUCGACAAUAUCUUCGUUGUCUCGCUCUCCUCGCCGUUCCAAGCCCCACAGCUCCCACACCGCCAGCGACCCAGCUCCUCGAGAGUCUUGAUGCCCGGUGGUGCCUGGCCGUUCACCAGACGACACGAGCCACAGAUCAUGGCCAUCCUGUUACGGGGCUGCAUCUCAUCCUCACCCAGCAGGACAUCCAGCAAUCUAUCAUACCAGUGUGGUUGCUCGAUAUACUGCCCGGAACUAGGGAACGCGUUUGGCGCGAAGCCCGGCUCGUCGAUGAAUUGUUGAGGAAGGGGAGGUGUGGAGGGUGCGUUUGGCAGAGUCUGUUGUUGUUUGGUGAUUUGGUAGGAAGGAGGCGAGGGAGGGAUACCUGGCCCGAUAGGAGGCUGGCCAGGAGGAGGACGGCGGAUGUUGGCGGUUGGAGGGGGAGGUAGUCCCGUGCGGGCUACAUGUUGCUGUUGCUGCUGCUGUUUCUGCGAAGGCGUAGCUUGCUUGCGGCUAUCGGGACUACCCUUGGGAUUGGGACUCGUCUUUGGUGACUCGCCGCCAUACUUCUCGAGCAGUUGUUGGGUAGAGUUGUACUUGGUCGCGACCUUGAGCUUCUCAAUGGUCUGGUCGCGCUGUUUGUUCAGCUCGUCGAGAUGGCGCUGGCUUCGGGAGAUGCGGUAUUCGAAGAGACGAGCUCCGGCCGUUCGUACUCCGUAUAUC